AUGCGUCGCACCGUGCGCGGACGCGGCGACGUCGCGCAGCCUACUGAUGCUCAUGAGGAAGAACCCCUCUGUGGUUCGAAACUAGUAGAGCUUUUCUCAACAUUUACACAAAAUUCCAGAGAGCAUAGUAAACAGACUGAAGACAGAGAGGCAGAGAGAGAGAGAGAGAGAGAGAGAGAGAGAGAGAGAGAGAGAGAGAGAGAGAGAGAGAGAGAGAGAGAGAGAGAGAGAGAGAGAGAGAGAGAGAGAGAGAGAGAGAGAGAGAGAGAGAGAGAGAGAGAGAGAGAGAGAGAGAGAGAGAGAGGAAAGCAGAAUGAAAAAUAA